AAGUCUCCGGUUGCUCCAGAUGUGGAUCUCAAUUUCCUUGCCAAGUCUACUGAGGGCUUCUCUGGUGCAGAUCUUACCGAAAUCUGUCAGAGAGCGGCUAAACUGGCCAUUCGUGCAAGUAUAGACUCGGAUAUCAGAAAGUUGAGAGAAAAGAAAGCACGGGAAGAUGCUGGAGAGACCGGUAUGGAAGAGGAUGAAGAAGAGGACCCGGAGGCCAUGAAAUUCGCUCGUCGAUCGGUGUCCGAACAGGAUAUCCGUCGGUACGAUAUGUUUGCACAGAACUUGCAACAAACUCGUGGGUUCGGUUCAUUCAAAUUCCCUGAGGGUCAAGGUGGUGGAGGGGCCGCCCCUAACCAAGGAAAUGCCACUUUCCAGGAGACGGAGGAGGAUGAUCUUUACGCAUAG